GUUUGCUUGUGACUUCGUUUUUUCCCAUCAUUUUCACUGAUGUACGCCGUUGUGAAAUAUUCCAACCCCUCUGUGCGAUGGCUAUAGGUGGAAAUAAUCGCGAAUAAGUGACGUGCGAUAUGCACGUUCCCAAUAUGAGGCAACUUGUUCACAGGGACAGCAUCUGUAGCGAAGAACAGACCAAACGGGAGCGAGUGGUGAAUGGGCUGUAUUUAUAACACGCGGAACUUCUAAGAAAUCAAGAGCGCAAGAAGAGGGACGGCAUUUAGGACAAAAUAGAUGUGGAUGGUUUCUUACAACGAAAACCACUUCGUGAUCGUUACUUGUCGUGGAUGAUGUGACAACAGGACAAUGCCGAGGAAACGACACGACAUCAGAUCCGGUUGUAGAAAGAAAUAAUACUUGAACUCUAGUGGACCUUUGCACCAUGAAAUCUGUCUUUUACAGCCACUUCUUCAUCCUCCUCCCUUGGAUUUUGAUCGUAAUCAUCAUGAUCGACAUGGACACCAAGAAGACUGUCCGACGCACAGCCCAUUUCUACCUCUCUCACUUUGGCAAGCCGCAGCGCGCCCCUCUGCCAACGAUUUAUGCCAUCACCCCCACGUACGGCAGAGCGGUGCAAAAAGCGGAACUCACGCGUUUGUCGAACACGUUUCGCCUGGUUCCCCAGUUCCACUGGAUCGUGGUGGAAGACUCGAGCGCUCGCACAGAGCUGGUGUCGCGCUUCCUCGCUCGCUCGGGGCUGCCGCACACUCACCUGCACGUUCCCACGCCUCGCAGGUAUAAGCGGCCGGGGAUGCCCCGUGCUACCGAGCAGAGAAACGCAGCUCUGGGCUGGCUGCGGCUGCAUCGCUCGCCCAAGGAUUCAGGAGUAGUGUUCUUUGCAGAUGAUGACAACACAUACAGCGUGGAGCUAUUUGAUGAGAUGCGGUCAACCCGGCGGGUGUCAGUGUGGCCAGUGGGGCUGGUGGGAGGGCGCCGUUAUGAGCGCCCCCUGGUGGAGAAGGGCCGAGUGGUGGGCUGGUACACUGGCUGGAAGGCCAACCGGCCUUUCCCAAUUGACAUGGCAGGCUUUGCCGUGAACCUCCAGGUGGUGUUGGAGAACCCCAGGGCCCUGUUCAAGCGCCUGGGAUCAAAGCCCGGCAUGCAGGAAUCGGAUUUCCUCAAGCAGAUCGCCAAGGUGGAGGACCUGGAGCCCAAGGCGGACAACUGCACCCGGGUCCUGGUGUGGCACACCCGCACGGAGAAAGUGAACCUGGGAAACGAGCCCAAGCACUGGCAAGACUCGGUCCAGAUCGAGGUUUAG